AUUAUUAAAAUAAAUAAAAUGCAAAAAUAAAUUUUUCGAUUUUAUCCUCUCAGUUACAGCACUAUUUCGUUGAACUUUAAAAUUGCUUAUUUUACAAUUUACUCAAGAAUAUCAGAUUGAUAGAUUCAUGUCGAUAACGAAUUACAUACUAUUUGGAUGAAAUGUUGGAGACACGAUCAGCCGUUCCGCCGGAACGUCUGAUCCGCCGAGGAGAUUAUAUUGAUAAUAACACCGCCGCGGCCGUCGCCGUCCUAUUACCUAGUUGGUCGCCGUCGUCACUGAUCGGAGGAGAAGCAGUAGAAGUAGGAGGAGGCGGCAACGGCGAUGACGAGCGAACCGCCGACGGACGGCUGACUUUGCCGUCACUACCGAGACGCGUUCCCGACGUCGGUCGACGUCAUGAUGCCCACCACGUACCUGGGACUGGACUUCAGCACGCAACAGUUGAAAGGAGUUAUUGCCGACGAUGAUCUGCACAAGAUCUUCGAGGCCACAGUGCAUUUCGACACGGAGCUCCAGGAGUUCCGGACUCAUGGCGGCGUGAUUAAGGGCAAAGACAGACAGUACCGUGAGGUGACAGCGCCAACGGUUAUGUGGGUCAAAGCCUUGGACGUACUGUUGGACCGGUUGCAAGUGUGCGGUGCUGAUUUGAGUACUGUCGCCGCGGUUUCUGGUUCCGGGCAGCAACACGGCACUGUCUAUUGGACGAAUGGUGCUGAAAAAACGCUGCAAACUUUGAACCCCGCUGGAUUUUUGCACAUGCAAUUGGCGUCUUGUUUUUCCGUGGUCAACUCACCAGUGUGGAUGGACUCCAGCACCACGAAACAAUGUAAAGACCUCGAGGACGCUGUCGGAGGACCACAGCGAUUGGCCGACAUCACCGGAUCGAAGGCGUACGAGAGGUUUUCCGGGCCGCAAAUCGCCAAAAUGGCGGAAAACAAACCAGGAGCCUACCAGAACACAGAAAGGAUAUCGCUAGUGAGCAGUUUCGGCUGUUCGUUAUUACUUGGUGCAUACGCCCCGAUUGAUUGGUCCGACGGUUCGGGGAUGAAUCUGUUUGACAUCAAGACCAAAGAGUGGUCGACCGAAUGCUUGGAAGCGUGCGCGCCGGGGCUAGACGUGAGACUGGGACGGACCGUGCCGCCGGGUACCGACUUGGGCCCGAUCAGCAAUUAUUACGUGGAGAGGUUCGGGUUCAGUCCCGAGUGCCGGGUGGUGUCGUUUACCGGUGACAAUCCAGCGUCGCUGGCCGGCCUGUGCCUGAGCGACAACGACAUCGCCAUAAGCCUCGGGACCAGUGACACGCUGUUCUUGCCGCUGGACGAGCCCAGGUGUCUGGAAGAGGGACACGUCCUGGUCAGCCCGAUCAACCCAGACGCGUACAUGGUGCUCCUGUGUUUCAAGAAUGGCUCGUUGACCCGCGAAAGACUGAGAAAUCACUAUGCCAACGAUUCGUGGGACCACUUCAACACAUUGUUGGAGAGGACGCCCAGAGGAAAUUUCGGAUACCUGGGGUUGUACUAUGAUGAACAGGAGAUCAUUCCGUGGAUACAGGGUGACUACCGUUUCGAUAAGAACGACGGGCCCGUGGACAGGUUUCCCAGCCGGGAGAUCGAAGUCAAAGCGCUAGUCGAGGGGCAGUUCAUAGCUAAAAGGGCGCAUGCCGAACAGUUGGGAUACACCAUAGAUGCCAAGACGAGGAUCAUAGCUACGGGAGGCGCUUCAAACAAUAAUACAAUAUUACAAAUUUUAUCCGACGUUUUUAACGCACCUGUUUAUACACAAGAAGCUGCCAAUUCAGCGGUUCUGGGCGCUGCGUACCAGGCUAAACGUGGUCUUGUUCAAAGUAAAUGCAUUGACUGUGUCGAUUCAUUUCAAUCGGUGGUAACCACUGCUGCUCCUCCCAACUUAGCUUGUUCUCCUCAUAAAGACGCUUAUGAAAUUUACACUCCAAUGGUUAAGCGGUACAAUAAUAUUAUUAAAGAGGUGCUAUCUGCAACUAGGAAAUAAGCAACACAUAUUAUAUAAACAGAACUGGUUUAACAUUAUGACGUUGAUACUUAACAUAUGUUUUAUUGUAUGCAAUGAAUAUAAUUAUAUGUUAUAAAAUAUUACAAUAGUAAAUAAAACAAUUUAAAAUUA